GCACCAAGGCUUGUCACACCCGCCACACACUCACUCACACACUCACACACACACACCUAGUUACGUACUGUUGGAGUGUGUGAAUAAGGAGGGAGGAAGCGAUACACAGACUUACAGCUCAGAGGAAGAAGAAGGUUACUCCCCCUGUGUGCCGCGGCCCCGAGUCACCUGUGGGUCAGAGGACAGGCAACCCAAGCCAGGCCAACCCAACUUAAACCAAGACAACCCAACCCAGGACAAGCCGAACCCAACCAACUCAAGCCUAUACGAAGCCAAGCCAACCCAACUCAAACCAAGACAACCCAACCCAGGACAAGCUGAACCCAACCAACUCAAGCCAAAUACGAAGCCAGGCCAACCCAACUCAAACCAAGACAACCCAACCCAGGACAAGCUGAACCCAACCAACUCAAGCCUAUACGAAGCCAAGCCAAGACAACCCAACCCAGGACAAGCUGAACCCAACCAACUCAAGCCUAUACGAAGCCAAGCCAACCCAACUCAAGCUCAACCAAACCAACCCAAGACCAUUAUUAAGCUGAACCAGACCAAGCCAAGCUCACUCUAAGCCAGGUCCAGGUCAUUCCAGGGCCAUCCCCCUUGCAUGGACUCCCAGGUUCAGCUUGAUGGGCGGCUGCUGCUGCUGGUGGACACGGCCUGGCUGGUGGACCGCCUGCCCAGCGACGACAUAGCGGUGCCGGUGCAGGAGCUGCCGGACCCUGAGCCAGACACCGCCACGCCCCACCAGACCCUCCGGCAGCAGGAACACAAGUGGUGCGACCUCAUGCUGACCAACCUCAACGACACGCAGACACAGAACGCCGGGAACUAGGGGAUCACGGAAAGACUCAUUUGACUGAUAUUGUUUAACUGACUGGAUGAUUGUUUAGGUUACUGAUUGAUUGCCUGAGAAAUUGUUUAACUGAGCAACUGACUGGCUGACUAACUAUUUAACUGACUGACUGAUUGGCUAACUAACUGUUUGACUGACUGACUGACUGGUUGACUGUGCCCAGACUAACAUAUCUAAACUGAAUCU